UGUUAGGACCGCCCUCAAUGAAUGAGGAAGUUAGUUAACUGCUAGCAUUGUAUGCUAAUCAUUUUCAGAUUUUUUGUUAUUGUAAUUAAAAGGUUUCAGAAGACAUAAAUCACCUUCCAUUAGUGCGAGGAUACUUUACUUUAGGACGAAAUUACUGUUUCAACGGGGAACCCGUUUUCCGAGUAUGAAACAACCGAAUUUACGAGUUAGCGUGUGGGUAUGUUUACAAAACAGGUGAAGCUCCCCAUCCGAAAGUUCGCUAGGCGAUCUAACUCGCUAUAUCAAGCCAAUUAGCUAUCCAAAUAGCACAACUGGAAGUAAAAUGUGUUGGAUAAUGCCAUAGUGAAUAUAUUUUACCAAUCUAGAUUUACAAAUCUGGGUACAGUAAAUUGCUGAAGUUAUAGCUAAAAAGCUAAAUUAGCUAAAUUAGCUUGCGAAUAUUUUGGCGCAACCCUAAGGUUCCCCACUCGCAGAACUGUGAUUACACUGAAUAUAACGUAUGUAAAUUAGUCUAUUAUUAUUAGACUAUUAUAAAUAGCCUCUAAAAAAAGACUACGAAUAGAAUGGGAAAGCACAUGAUAUUCUUGUUAUGACGCCAUUGUGUGCACCUGUUGACGUCGUCACAUUAUACAUGUACACUAGCUAUAACUAACGUUAUUGUCAGUCGAGCUAAACAAAUUGAGGGUUUGUCAACAUGGCAAGUGCCUUAGCAGCUAAAAUGGGACUCAACUCAUUGAGAAGAAAACAAGCCAAGAACUUCAAUGUCAGGAUCACCACAAUGGAUGCAGACAUGGAAUUCAGUUGUGAGGUCAAAUGGAAGGGGAAAGAUCUUUUUGAUCUUGUGUGCCGGGCUCUGGGACUGAGAGAGACGUGGUUUUUCGGGUUCCAGUAUGAUGUCAAAGACACUGUAGCCUGGAUCAAGAUGGACAAGAAGGUUUUGGACCACGAUGUGUCCAAGGAGGAACCAAUCACCCUUCAUUUCCUGGCCAAGUUUUACCCUGAGAACGCAGAGGAGGAGUUGGUUCAGGACAUCACUCAGCAUCUCUUCUUCCUACAGGUGAAGAAUAAUAUCCUGGAAGAGGAGAUCUACUGCCCUCCUGAAGCCUCGGUGCUGCUGGCCUCCUAUGCCGUCCAGGCCAAGUAUGGAGACUAUGACCCCAAUGUCCACAAACUAGGCUUUCUGGCUAAAGAGGAACUCUUACCAAAGAGGGUGAUCAACCUUUACCAAAUGACAGCAGAGAUGUGGGAGGAGAGAAUCACUUCUUGUUAUGCUGAGCAUAGAGGGAGGACAAGGGAAGAUGCUGAGAUGGAGUACUUAAAAAUAGCUCAGGACCUGGAGAUGUACGGCAUCAAUUACUUUCCCAUCAGGAACAAGAAGGGAACAGAUCUCCUGCUGGGAGUGGAUGCCUUGGGUCUACAUAUCUACGAUCCAGACAACAAGUUAACCCCCAAAUGUUCCUUCCCCUGGAAUGAGAUUCGCAACAUCUCCUACAGCGACAGAGAGUUUGCCAUAAAGCCUCUGGACAAGAAAACAGACGUGUUCAAGUUCAACUCCUCCAAGUUGAAGGUUAACAAGUUGAUCCUGCAGCUGUGCAUGGGGAACCAUGACCUGUUCUUGCGGAGGAGGAGGGUGGACUCUCUAGAGGUGCAACAGAUGAAGGCCCAGGCCCGAGAGGAGAGGGCCAGGAAACGGGUGGAGAGGCAGCGGUUAGAGAGGGAGAAGCACCUGAGAGAGGUGGCAGAGAGAGCCAGGGACGAUCUGGAAAGGAGACUGAUACAGCUACAGGAUGAAGCCCACAUGGCCAAUGACGCUCUGCUUCGUUCUGAGGAGACAGCAGAUCUCCUGGCUGAGAAGGCCCAGAUAGCUGAGGAGGAAGCGACGCUGCUGUCCCAGAAGGCUAGUGAGGCCGAGGCCGAAAUGCAGCGUAUCAAGGUGACAGCCAUCCGCUCAGAGGAGGAGAGGAGAAUGAUGGAGCAGAAGAUGCUGGAGGCGGAGAUGAUGGCCCUCAAGAUGGCUGAUGAGUCCGAGAGGAGGGCAAUGGAGGCUGAUCAGCUGAAGCAGGACUUGCAGGAAGCCAGGGACUCUGAAAGGAGGGCCAAACACAAGCUGCUAGAGAUCACCAGCAAGUCUACCUACUCGCCCUCGACCGUCCCAGGUGAUGCGAUGCCUCCAGACCUGAGCUUCAGCAGAGAGAACCUGAGCUUCGACUUCAAAGACACAGACAUGAAGCGCCUCUCCAUGGAGAUCGAGAAGGAGAAGGUGGAGUAUAUGGAGAAGAGUAAGCACCUUCAAGAGCAGCUGAAUGAGCUGAAGACAGAGAUAGAGUCUCUGAAGCUGAAGGAGCGAGAAACGCCUCUGGAUAUACUCCACAACGAGAACACUGAGAAGGGCACCAGCAAGCACAGCAACUUCAAAAAGCUAACUCUACAGAGCACCAAGACCAGAGUGGCUUACUUUGAAGAACUAUAGAUGUCACCAGGGACGUGUGUGUGCAUGCUUGACUGUGUGUGUGCGUGCUUGACUGUGUGUGUGCGUGCUUGACUGUGUGUGUGUGUGCUUGACUGUGUUUGUGCGUGCGUGCUUGACUGUGUGUGUCCGUGCUUGACUGUAUGUGUGCGUGCUUGACUGUGUGUGUGCGUGCGUGCUUGACUGUGUGCGUGCGUGCUUGACUGUGUGUGUCCGUGCUUGACUGUGUGUGUGCGUGCUUGACUGUGUGUGUGCGUGCUUGACUGUGUGUGUGCGUGCUUGACUGUGUGUGUGCGUGCUUGACUGUGUGUGUGCGUGUGUGUCUGUUUGCGUGCGAAUGCAUCUGUUUGCGCCCACGUCCAUGUGCGUGCACGCGUGUCUGUGUGGACAUGUCUCUGGAAAAACUUUAUCACUACAGUACAUUCCAUACUACGUGGCCUUUGGCUCCAUUUGCUGGGAGAUACUCACCACAACUGUGGUCAAACGAUGGACCACCGCCUAGGUCAAAACUAAUUUCAGAACUGGAGUUUACAUACUGUAUAGGCCAAGAGAGACAAAUCAUGAGUUACACUUUAAUUUACAUUCCACUACUUCUUACCUGAUAUUUACCUUAAAAUAACCAAACAAUACUUACAAUAACUAUAGUUUGUGUUAUUUGUGAUACAUUGAAACGAACAUACUAUUCACCAUUUACUAGCAGAUAGGUAAAGUAUGUUUAAUUAUGUAUCAGUAUCCUUACCACUCAAAUAAGUGCAUAAUGAGUAUUAACAGGUAAAUACCACUGAAAAAUUACAGUAAAAUAUUAUCAACUCGUAUCACGUCGCCUCUGGCUGCCCUAAGUGAAUUUCUGUAUAGGUGUUCUCUAGUACGAAGGUACCAAGUGCACUAUAUUCUGUUCUACCCUUUAAAAGCAGAGUGGAAUAGCCUUUGAACUCAGACUGGGUGAAGAUGAAGGAAUGGUAAGAGUAUUACAGUACAAUAAUCCGGUGUACUUCUAGCACAUUUUUCCUGAAUCCUGAUACUGGGGACCCACAGCGAUGCACAUUUUUGUUGUUUUGCCCUAGCAUUAACACACUUCAUUCAACUAAUCAGCUCCUCAUCAAUGCUUAGAUUAGUUUAUUCAGUUGGAAUGGGGGCAAAAACGAAAAUGUGUGGGGUGAACAUUUUGAAUCCCCAUGACCAGGAUUGGGAAACACUGAUCUAGCCUAUCAUUGGUACUUUUGGGAAAAAUGUUAGGGUUAUGUUUCUUUUUUUAGCUCCUUGAACAAACUUGAGUUUGCAUUCCAUUCCAUUGUAUUGAUCUAAUACAGUGCACUCUGAAACGGUUUGCAUAUUUUGUUACAUUACAGACUUAUUCUAAAAUAUAUUCAAUCAUUUUUUUGCUUCAUCAGUCUACACACAAUACCCCAUAAUGACAGAGAAAACAGGUUUGUAUAAAUGUUUGCUAA